CUGAUCAUCGUCCACGACCCUAACAACUACUUGCACGCAGCAGCAAUCAAAGGAUCCAAAAUUACUCAACCCGAAACAGCAGUCAACGCCUAAGCACGGUAGAAAAAAAAAUGUUGGGUAUCAAAACGUCAGGAAUAGCUUGCUCUCACUACUUAUCCCCUCGCUCAUUCCCUCCUACCACCCUCACCUUUCGCCAUCUCAAACCCACCUACUCCUCUUCACAUCGUUCCAUCAAAAUGUGUUCUUCUGCUAAGCAAAUCAUCGAACACGUUGUGCUCUUCAAAGCCAAACCCAAUGCCGACCCUUCAAAACUCACCGCUAUGGUCAACAACCUCAACUCCUUAACUUCUCUCAACCAAGUCAUACAUCUCUCUUCUGGUCCCCUUCUCAAAUCUUCUUCUUCUUUUUCAUUCACUCACAUACUUCAUUCUCGCUACAACUCUAAAUCCGACUUGGCUGAUUACUCAGCACACCCCGCCCACGUCAGCGUUGUUAAGGAACACGUAUUGCCUGUGGUUGAUGACAUCAUGGCCGUUGAUUGGGUGGCUACUGAUUUCUCUGGACCCAGUGUGGUCCCACCUGGUUCGGCUAUGAGGGUUACGUUUCUUAAAUUGAAAGAGAAUUUGGGGGAAAAUGAGGAAUCGCAAGUUUUGAGUGCUGUUGGGGGAAUUAAGGAGAAGUUUUCAGGGAUUGAACAGUUGACUGUUGGGGAGAACUUUUCUCCAGGGAGGGCUAAAGGGUUUUCGAUUGCUUCCAUCGCGGUUUUUAAAGGAGUGAAGCAAUUGGAAGAUUUGGAGACGCAAAAUGAGCUUGCGAAUGAGGAGAAAGACAAGGUUAGGGAUUGUUUGGAUGGUGUUGUUGUGGUGGAUUAUGUUGUUCCUCCUACUCAAACAGCUAGUCUGUGAGACGCGCCCAGUUUUUUUAUGAUCAGCAGUUGAGAUGUGUUGCAGGUCUUAGCUGAAGUUUCGUCGUGAGGAUCUAUCGGAUAUUCUCCUACAGCUUCGCCUAUCUCACUUCCGGCAGAGGUUGUGUCAAUUAUUUUGUCCUCUUGUAAUUUAGGAGCUCUUGUACCUGUCUAGACUAGAUCCCGGGGAAUUCUUUCGGAUUUUUGUUGUAAUUGAAGCGAGUUUGUAAGAGGUGUCUAUUUUUAAUGUUGUAAAUUUUACAGAUUGUGGUCGUAUGUUUUAAGGGUUGGGUUAUUGGCAAGGGUUCGCCUACUAGGUUAGUAAUAUGGUAGGUGCCUGCACGACCUGCGUUUGGGCCAUGACAGGUGCACUAAGCUCCCGCUAUGCGCUGCGUCCGGGGAAGGGCCGGACUACAAGGAUCUAUUGUAAGCAAUCUUACCUUACAUUUAUGCAAGAAGCUGUUUCCAUGUCUUGGAUAA